AUGUCUGACAGGGAAUCAGUGAGACAAGCUGCAUUGAACGAGAAUCCUCUCAAGGCCAAGCUCUCUCCUCAGCAAUUUGAUGCUGCAUGUCGGUUUUAUGACGCCGACCAAGAGCUUAGCCCAAGAGAGCGUGAUGAAAUAGCUGACCAAUUGAAGCCAGUUCUCAAGAAAACCUCCUUCAUUUCCUACGGUCUUGCCACCGUUGGCUUUUUCACUCCAACCAUUUACUAUCACUUGUGGGGUCCGAAAUACCCUCCCACCAUUGUGCCCACUACCGAUGGAGGUUUUAAGAAAGUGCCCAACCCGUUAAACUCGAUGAUUAGAAGACCCUUCUUAGGGUUCUUCAUUGGUUUGGCAACUUUGUUAGUGCUGGCUCAAGUUGUUGGGAAGUAUACCUUUAACAACAAGAGAGAGGCCAUUAGCGACCCUGUUGAGCGCCGAGUUUGGGACUCCAUGGAUUACCGCCAAGCUGGUAUGUUUUACAUGUACUUCAAACGUACCGCAGUUGAUGCGCUGUACCAAGUCAGAGAUCCUAGAAGUUUCACUAGAGAAAACAUUCAUGAAGGGAUUACUAAGGGCGGUCAACACUUUGCCAAUGCUUUGCACCCCAAUGUCCCUAGUCAAUGGGAUAUGAUUAGAGCAAAUGCUGGUGUUGAUGUCACGCAAGCGUCUAGACCCAAGAAUCAGGACAACUAA